CAGCAUAAGACGUUUUGAUAUCUCAAGGUCAUCGGAGGUUGAAGCGGAGCUGGCUUUUCUGUAAAUAUUUAUUAUCAAGGAUGAGUUAGUAUGAUUUUCUUUCCUUCUUACCUAAAAUAAAGCAACCUAAAUUACUGUAGUCGUCUUCCUCACGCUUUAUGUUCCAGACUUACAAAUCAUUUUGUCAUAUAUCUCUGAAACUUCAAUGAAACUCUAAUCCUGCUAAAGAUGAAUAUACUUUUUCUAACCGAAGGAUGACAGUGUUGUAAUGUUUGAAGCGAGUUUGCACGUAGGCUUCGGGUAAGGUUGAGAAGAUCUCAGAGAUAAGCAUCUCGACUUUCGUACAAAUAAAAUAACUUGAUGUUCAGACUUUAGGUGAAAUACACGUCUAUUAAGAGUGAAUGAUGUUCUUAAAUCAUUAUUUUCCGUUAUGGGUGUCUUCACAGCAUUGUCCACAUAAGUUGAGUUUAUCAAGCAGGCUAUACUGAGGUUAGAUGCAUGGUGCCUCCAAAUGUCCUAGUACGGCCGAAAUUGGAGAGUUAACUCUCCCUCUCGAGAUGCUCUCACAUAGCCACGCGUAUACAACCACUGCUAGGAAAGUCCUACUCACCGUCUUCUCGCACCACGAGUGUUGUUUGUGAAAUUGAAAGGGUGAAAAGCAAAUGUUCAACGCUUUAAACGGGUUGGUGGACACGGAGAGUCCACCUAAAGAAAUUGGGAAACCCUGUUUCUAAACCAAUGGUGCACAUAGCUUCCAGUUUCCUGAGAGAACAAAUGGUGUAUGAACCUAUUGUUGGUUACGGCUACCAUAGGACUGCAUCUCCUGACGUUGCAACACUGCCUUGUGAAUCAGACCUUUAGGUAGAAGGCUCCGGAUGUGGCCCCCUAAGAAAACCACCUGCUUCAGUCUGGGCACCCAGGCAGUAUCAUAGCGCACACAGAAAUCAAGUGGAUUGUGUGGCGCAUAUGUAUUUGGUGCCUCUGUACCAAUAUUUACGUGUUCAAAUAAAUAAAUAAGAUGCAUGGUACUAGAUAAAGAUUAUAAAUUUUUGACAAAAUAGUGAAUUGUCAUCAUGUAUUACAUAUGAUCAACUAUCGCCUACCUCAAAGCGUGAUGCUUGCUGAAUCGGGAGUUUGUUAAAAGGAAGCUGAUAGCGGCAAAACCAGAAACUGAGAUUAGUCCAUGAAGUCAUAGACAAUUGGGAUGUAUGUAUUUGUCGGUAUGUGCAGACUAUGUGUUUGUGGUCUUUGCGAUAACCACGAUCAAUAGUUAGAGGUUUUAAAUAACGUGUCUCUGGAGCGUUGAUAGUGAUCCUGAUGCAUUCACUCCUUAUAUUCCUCUCAAUCAAGGAUUUUAGUAACCCUUUCGAAUCUGUAUUUUCAAAUUAUAUUCGUAAUGUGUGGUUUGUCUUUUUAGCAUUACUACUACAUUUUUUAGACUUCUUUUGUCGUUUCCCUCUCGUCAUGGUAGUCGGGUAUGGCAACAUGGUAACACACACCUGGCCCAGGCUCUAUAUUGAUAUGUCUGUCUUACAGUUUACGAGUAUUACAGUAUUUUACGUGGUUACAAUCAUAUAUACGGUUCUCAAUAAACCAAAUUAUUUUUUUUAAUAGUAUCCUUACUACUUGGGCUUAGCUCGUUAACUUGUUAUAAACGUUGAUACGUAUUUUCAACUGAGCAAAAUGGCGACCUACUUGGAGUUAGACAAAUGCACUUUAUUGUGUUCCUGCAAACAAACAAAUCCAUUGUGUACACUGUAUUUUUGCCGUCAUUGUUUAUGUCUUCGAUGCCCUAACUGUGUUUCACAUGAGGUGGAUUCUUAUUAUUGUCCUAAUUGUCUUGAGAAUAUGGCAAGCGCUGAGGCCAAAAUGCGUAAACAUCGUUGUGGUAAUUGUUUCGAUUGUCCAAGUUGUGGUCACACACUGUCUACACGAGCAACUGCUGUUGUACAUGCAAAGCCCGAUGAACCAGGUCGAACAACAGCACAAAAAGCAUAUUUUCUAGCAUGUGGGUUUUGCCGAUGGAUUACACGAGAUAGUGGUAUACCAGAUCAACAACAAGCUGCUGGAGGUUGGCAAGAGAAAAUAAGUCCACAUUUUAAAAGGAUCUCGGAACUAAUCGAUAAUUAUCAUCAUUUAGCAGUACAAGAGAAAGAAGAUCAAGAAUGGAAUAAAUUUGCACGUAAACGAAAUUAUAUGAUUUUAAUGGAACGUUACCCUGUUUUAAAUCCACGCCUAAGACGCUAUUGUUCAUCUUCUUGGACAACACCCAACAGAGAAACUACUCCUAGUAAAAAGGUAACUAUUCCCGCUGCUGAAGCAUCUUCUGAAAUCCCACCAUUCAACGUUGAUGAAUACAUCAAUCAACCAAUUAACAUUGAUAAAAUUACCAAUAUUCAUCAACGUCAUUUAGCUCCUCAAAUUCAACCAAGAUAUACAUCGAAUUUAGAACCACGACCAAAAAGUUUAGUUGUUAAACGAUCAAUGCGUUGUCGUGUCUGUGAACAUAAUCUAUGCAAAGCGGAUUUUAGUCCAAGUUCUAUUAAAUUUCGAAUUAAUUUAAAUGCAUUAUAUCAUGUUCCAGAAUUACGAUUUAUUAUUCCACCAACAAUUAAUAAAGGAUCAACAUUUGAUUUAAAACAGACUAUGAGUAAAACUAACUUAACAUUGGAACGUCGUACUUCAUCGACAUUAGUUUCUAUGAAAUAUGAACCUGUCAUUCAUUCUAAUGCUACACCUGGUCAAAAAAUAAAUAUAAUUUUAACCAUAAGUAAUCCUAUGCAUCGGAUUACAACUGUUUCAUUACGUCAAUUGACUUCACAAGAAGAAAUAGAACAUCUUGGGCAUUUAAUUAACAGCAAUAAGCAUGAACUAAAUUCACUUUCAUCUACAAUCGAAAUUCAAUCUAUUGAUAAUGCCAAUGAAUCAAAAAAGGAUCCUACUACUAUCAGUAGUGACACAGCAUCAUUAUUGUCUGAUGAUCAAUUAACAUGUUUUUCAACUGUAAAUCUCAUUUUACCAACCGAAGAGUUAAAACUUGCACCCCGUAAUGACAUUAUGGAUUGUGAUGUAACUCCAGGUCAAAGUUCUGGCGAUUACAAAGAUGAUCCUAAGAUAGUGGCCUUCCGUCGUGGUAACAAACUAGGUAUUAAUGUUACUUUAAUACCAAAAACCAAUAAGUUACCGACAUUGCGAAAUUCAAGUUUAGUUCCGGUUAGCGAAGAUCAAAUAGUUGAUCAAUUUCACAAAUCUGAACAACUGAUCCCUUUACAAGCUGCAAUUUACAUGAAUUUCGACUACAAAAACACAUCCACUACUCUGUUAAGUGCAGCGAGUAAUAAAACAGUGGCAACUGACACUACCAAAACACAAGGAAAGAUUCCAGAAACAACUGCAACCACUGAAACAUCGAUAUUGUCAACAACAACUGCCACUGCCUCUACAACAUUAGAACGUGUUUUACCCCCAGCUGAUGAAAUCAAACAAAUUCAAAUAGUGGCAUUAUUUAAUUUUGGUUAUAUGCCUGUCAACGAAUAAAUUAAGUACAUCUCCUAAUAAUAAUUAUUUUGUUGACUUUCAGUCAUUUAACUAUGUGAUCAGAGUUUACAUGACUUUUUCUUUGUGAUGAAGCGUAUUUAUUAACCUGUGAACGGUGUGUUUGGUUUACAUUAUUCUUUUAUCAUAGCUUAUUUUUCAUAUUUGAGGGUGUUUCUGGUGACUAUUGAAAAUGAUAACAAACAGUUAAAUCUCCCAAUUAAUUACAUGUACUUCAUUUUGCAAUACAAUAACAGGUGCAAGUCUUUUAUUUACAAAUAAAUAUUAUCAUACAUAUC